CGGCACUGAUAAGCGGCGAUAAGGGACUAAUAAUAGCACUUUAAGUGGGGUGUGGCUGGAGCUCCCAAGGAAGGAGUGGCUGACGAAACCCUGGCCGCGACGGUUGUCGGCCCGGCGCCCGAUUUUUUUUGGGCCCAGCUUGAGAGGUGCCGCCCGCCGCCGUCGCCGCCGCCGUUGCUGCCGCUGUCGCGAACGAGAGUACCCGACCGACCUCGAAAGUGUAACACGCGACUGCAGACGCGCCGCAUCGCCUUUCCGUUCUCCACACAACUCAACUUUCCCCGAGGUCCCUGCAGUCGAGUCGCCAAAAUGUCCAAGGCCGCAAAAGGUGGUGCUGGUGGUGUUGAGCAGGUGGUGAAGCUCAUUGUCGGUGCCGGUCAGGCCAGCCCGAGUCCCCCGGUCGGUCCGGCCCUUGGUUCCAAGGGUAUCAAGUCCAUGGACUUUUGCAAGGAGUUCAACGCUAGAACCGCCCACAUCACCACCGGUAUCCCGAUGCCCGUCCGUGUUACCGUCAGGCCCGAUCGCUCGUUCCACUUCGAUGUCCGCACCCCCCACACAUCAUGGCUUUUGCUCAACGCCGCCGAGGCCCCGAUAGGCAAGGGCGGCAAGAGAAAGGGCGCCAGCAACCCCGGCAAGGAGGUUGUCGGCACCGUCAGCCUCAAGCACGUCUACGAGAUCGCCAAGAUCAAGCAGUCCGAGCUCCGUCUCUCCGGCCUGCCCCUCGAGGGUCUCUGCAGAGCGGUCAUCUACCAGGCCAAGUCGAUCGGAAUCAACGUUAUUCCUUGAAAGAGGGUGUACGCUGAAGGGAGGUGUGAUGGCCUCGUAAUACGGGCUUGGGAGCACGAAGGCGUUACGGUUGUUUCUUUCAGGUGGAUAGACCA